ACGGGGACCGUGGCGAGCGGAGCCGGGCUCACCGUCACCGCCCGCGUCGUCCCGGCUCGCCCUCGUCUACCGGUCAAGAAUCCCCGGCCGAUUCGCACGGCCGCACGCGCGCCGGGCGUUGUCACAUGGCCGUCGCGAGGCUGGUGGUCGUCACCCCCGCCGUCCUCCUCGCCCGCACCGCGCGCGUCUCGCCGUCGGUGCCGCGGCUGCUGUUUUCAGGGCGCCGCGCGCUGACAGCGCCCGCGCGCGCCGUUCUGGGAGACGGGACGAAUGGCGGUGGCGGCGUGGAGGGCGCAGUGGUGGAGGACGGCGCGGGCGCCGCCCGGCGCGCGGCGCGGAAGCGGUCGGAGCGGCGGACGUACCUCGCGGCGGCGGUGAUGUCCAGCCUCGGGUUCACGUCCAUGGCCGCCGCCGCCGUCUACUACCGCUUCGCGUGGCAAGUGGAGGGUGGCGACGUUCCGGCGACGGAAAUGGUCGGCACGUUCGCGCUGUCGGUGGGCGCCGCGGUGGGGAUGGAGUUCUGGGCGCGGUGGGCGCACCGGGCGCUGUGGCACGCGUCGCUGUGGCACAUGCACGAGUCGCACCACCGCCCGCGCGACGGCCCGUUCGAGCUUAACGACGUCUUCGCCAUCGCCAACGCCGCCCCGGCCAUCUCCCUCCUCGCCUACGGCCUCCUCAACCGCGGCCUCAUCCCCGGCCUCUGCUUCGGCGCGGGGCUCGGGAUUACGCUGUUCGGGAUGGCCUACAUGUUCGUCCACGACGGCCUGGUCCACCGGCGCUUCCCCGUCGGGCCCGUCGAGAACGUGCCCUACUUCCGGCGAGUGGCCGCCGCUCACCAGAUACACCACACGGACAAGUUCGACAGCGUGCCCUACGGCCUCUUCCUCGGACCCAAGGAGCUGGAGGAGGUGGGCGGGACGGAGGAGCUGGAUAAGGAGAUCAAGAAGAGGAUCAGAAGGAAAGAGGCCAUGGACGCCAUCGGAUGAGACUGAGACUGCCCAUGCCAUGAGAGCUACUGCCCUUCUACUGUUUUCGAUUUCUUUUGUUUUGGCUUCGCCUCCUUCUUGUCUUCUGGUUUAGUUUAGCUGUCGAUGCGUAGAUACUGUAGAGUGCCGCUGUUUACUCUGUCCUUUUUUGUUUUGUUAAUAGAAGAGGAAUAAUCAAUUAGUUUAAGAGAGGCAUCAGGCAUGGAUCAACCGGGACCAGACGAUACGUGCUCAUGUUGUAUACUAGUAUAUGUGUAUAUAUCUUGCCCUAUUGGCAGGUCAACUGUGGGGUGGUUGUGGCAGUUGGUGUGAGAUUCCUGACAGUUAAUACGGUUGGGAAGAGAAAGGUUUCAAUGA